UGCCAUCCAGCGCCAACUCUCUGACCGAUCUGCCAUACAGUCUCAGUUGGCGGGAUCGCAGCAACAUCCCCAACUAUCUCAUGACCUGGAAUGCGCGGGAAGGCCGUUCCUGGGAGAAUUUGGUACUUUGCCAUUUCAUCACUAGCGCACACGCCGCAUGCGAGCACCUUCACGACGAUUUCGCCUUGUUCCGGGUCCUUCCAUUGGACCUCGAUUGGUUUGAGUUCCCCCCCUUUCUCUUUUGCUCCAUCUGACCCACAUGAUAUAAGUCUUAACUACGCGGCCGAUGAAUGCUAAGAACAGCGCGAGAGAAGGCUCACGAAGCGCCAUCUACUUUUGAAGUGGCUACUUCGUAUUCACAUCUUGUCAUUGCAUAUCCAGAUGUGUAUCAACGGGACAAGCGGAAUCAGAGAUCAAAUGAUGUUCCGCCUGACACGGCGUAUCAAAGAGUCUGUGACACGGAGUACACUCAGGCAGACUGCCAUCAUACCGCGUCGAAUCAGAGACAGAGAGGCGAGUCGAUACCCACGCGCGAGUGCGAGGUUCCUGCAGAUGUGAGCCUCUUUUCGCGGAGGUAGCACACUUCUUCGGCCUCCGGUGAUCUGUGCAUACAGCGGCCACACGAGUCAGCCGCGUCUACGACAUCUCGGGUUGACCAAGGCUCGAGGACGUCUCCAGUCUGAGCAGACCAUGACAGGGUGGCCUAAACUGAGAACCGGGCAGUAGGCGCCCUACGAUGGAAUUGACAGACGCGAAGAUGAGAUGGCGAGAGAUGCUCAGC